AUGGGCACCGAUUCAACUCCAAGUACAUCAAGUAUGUCGCCACAAGACAAAACUUCAAGCGCAUCAUCCGCUGCUCCCACUACAACCUCAAUAACUGCCAGCAUCAGGAAAAGAGACGCACUAUACCACAUAGGGCCGUAUUCAUGUGCAAAGUCACUCAGCAUUUCAACGCUUUCUGAUAUCCUCAAGGACUAUUUUAAGACGACUGAGAAUACCCUAAAUGCCGACAUGAUGUUUUUGAUCAUAAACGUGCAUGCUUCUGCUUCUCCGGAUUCCCCGGAAGUGCCUUCCGGAAUGCCUAGCUUGGAAGACCUUCCUCCUCCGCCACUAUUAUUUGGCAAAAUCAUGGGGGAGGCGCUGGGCAGAUCCAUCUACAGCCCCAAACAAUUGAUGGAAAAUCGUCAGAAUCUCCGCGAAUCCUGGCUCUCCGUCCGCCCCCCGUAUCAGCCAAUCCCCGAAUAUUUAAAAACCACCGUAGAUGGUAAAAACCAUCUCGUCACAUCUACCGGGUGGCCAUGCACAGGGUAUGCUGUUCUAUCUCAAGCCACAAGACUCGUUAUGGGCUGGGGUACCAUCGACCCUCAGAUGUCAUCUUACAACUUCACAGGUGACGAUUUAGUCUUUCCACAAGGCUCACUUGAAUCUCGUAUAGACGUGGGAUUUACUUCAGCAUCUGAUCUCACCAAAGGGUGCCUCUAUGACGCAGAUACCACAACCCUAUCAGAGAUUGAGCGCCCCUGGGCAGUGGCAGUACUUCCUUCCCGCAACACAUCCAAUGAGCUGUCACGAUUGACCCGUCAGCUGGCAUCUUGUGGAAUCUCAGCGAUUGUUAACCAUACACUUUUCAAUGUGACAGCGGAUACUGAUAUCAGUCCUUACCAGAACGUCUCAUUUUCCACUACGUGGUCUUGGGCAAAAGAUGAGCCUCGCAAUUCCACUCGGGCAUCCACCCCGAAAACAAAAGAUUCAUUCCGUUGUGCAGCCAUGCAUGCAGUAUCAUCAGGCAGAUGGCAUGCUCAUGAUUGUAAUGAUGUAUAUCGUGUCGCCUGUCGGGUUGGAAAUUUACCAUACGAAUGGGUUAUUUCCGAGCAUGCUACAACCUACUUCAAUGCCGAAAAAGCUUGCCCUGAUAACACCUUGUUUUCCGUCCCAAGGACAGCACUAGAGAACACCUAUCUCUAUGCAAAGCUUGACUCGGAGUCCAAUAGCACUGCAAUAAUUUCACCCGAUGUUGAAGAUAAUAACAGCACUGAGGUACUCUGGAUAGAUUUCAACUCUGCUGACGUACCUACCUGCUGGGUUACUCAUGGCCCCAGGGCGCAGUGCCCAUAUGAGCUGGAUAAUAACGAGAUUGAAAGGAGGGCCAUUCUCGUGCCAACCAUUGCUGCUAUUAUCGUCCUAAUCGUAGCUGCCUUGACUUUAUUUGUCAAGUGCAAUGCGAAUCGGCGAAAUUCAAGGAGACGGAGAGUCAUUGAUGGGUGGGAUUAUGAAGGUGUACCUUCAUAA